AUGGAAUGUGUUGUUUGUAAUGAAAAUAUUGGAAGGGAGGAGGCGAUUUGGUCAUGUCCGGACUGUUUUACAAUCUAUCAUUUGAGAUGUGUGAGUUCCUGGUUUUGGCUCUUCUUACUACGUUACCCUGCCAUCAAGAAUAAGCAAUCUACCUCUUCCGUGUCUCGAGAGUGGACAUGCAAGUAUUGCAACAAGGAAAACACCGCCGUUCCCAAUCGCUACUUUUGUUAUUGUGGAAAGAAGGAAAAUCCAGAAUUCGAUCCCUGGCUUCCUCCCCACAGUUGUGGCAAUCUCUGUGGUCGUACUCUUCCCUGUGGUCACGUCUGUAAUGAACGCUGCCACGCAGGUCCUUGCCCUCCCUGCCCUCGCAUUGUCACCAUCUCCUGCCCAUGCGGUAAGACGAAGCGAACCGUUCGUUGCAGUCUGCAGCACCAAGAAUCGCCCGAAAACCUGUGCUCUCUCCCCUGUUUGAAAUGGCUUUCCUGCGGAAAGCACCGCUGCCGCCACAAAUGCCAUUAUGGUCCCUGUCCCGACUGCGCGCAGACGAUCCACCAGACCUGUUUUUGUGGCAGCGAAUCGCGCGACGUUCCCUGCGGUCAAGACGUGUCCGCGCAUUAUUCCUGUGGUAAAAUAUGCAAUAAGCCGCUGCAAUGCGGCCACCAUGUUUGUUCUCUCCCUUGCCACGAAGGCGAAUGCCCGCCCUGCCCCACCCUCCCGCCUCGCACGUGCUUCUGCGGGAAAAAGCAGUUCGAUUUGCCGUGCACGGCGGCCACACCUUCUUGCCACCAAACCUGCGAUCGUCUGCUGGCGUGCGGACAUCGCUGUCCUCAUUCUUGCCACCCUCCACCUUGUCCACCUUGCGAGCAAUUCGUUUUGAAGGCUUGCCGCUGCGGAGCCACACAGAAGCAAUGUAAAUGCAGCGAGGUUCUUCUUUGCACCACGCGAUGCAACGCGCUGAAAGCCUGCGGAGUUCAUCGAUGCAAUCGGCGUUGUUGCGACGGCCAGCACGCUCCUUGCACACAGAUCUGCAAUAAGCCACUCUCCUGCGGACGACACACUUGUCAAUUGCCUUGUCAUUCGGGUAAUUGUCCGCCUUGCUUGCUCACCGUCACAAUCACGUGUGACUGCGGCGCCACCACGCAGACGGUGCUCUGCAAAGACUACCGGCGCUCGCUCUACCCUCCUUGUCCACAGCUCUGCACCAAACCAUCGCAUUGUAGCCAUCCACACAUCCAGGAACAUCAAUGUCACGCUGGGAAAUGCCCACCUUGUACAUUGCCUUGCGGAAAAGCGCUUCCGUGUGGCCACACAUGUUCUGCUAUUUGCCAUGAAGGCGAGCCUUGUCCGCCUUGUGCAGAGUUGGUGGAGAUUCGUUGCGCAGGAGGGCAUGAAACGCUCCAGGUUCGUUGUUCGGAGAAAAACAAGGUAGUGUGUUGCGAUCAGCCGUGUGGAAAACUGUUGAGUUGCGGGAAACACACUUGCUCCUUGCGCUGCCAUUCCAGCGAAACGCCUUGCGAAACGUGCAAACAACUCUGUCCAGGGCGUCCUGGCUGUCCACAUCCCUGCUCGCGCGUGUUCUGCCAUGCGGGCGCCUGCGAUCCUUGCCAUCAGCCCGUGAAACGCCCGUGUUUCUGCGGGAAAACGUCGAAAACGUUCGAGUGUCGCGAGGUGAGUGGGAAGAGCGAUUCGGGAUUUUUCUCGUGUGGGAAAGUGUGUGGGAAGCCGCUGCAGGGAUGCAAACACGGCUGUCGAUUGGUGUGUCAUGAGGGAGUUUGUGGGAAAUGCGAGCAGGAAAUCGUGGCGAAAUGCGCUUGCGGAUCGCGCGUGGAACGAAUCCAGUGCUGGAAAGCGCAGCAGAUGGAGGGAUACAACGCUGCGAAUGUCGUGCAGAUUCUCCUCCCCUGCUUGGAUACCUGCAACGCGCAAUCAUCGACGAUUUCACAAGACAAAAGUACACAGUCUUCGAAGGAUUCGCCAUCAAAACCCGAUCAAACCAUUUCCAAACCUUCUUCUUCUUCUUCUUCUUCUUCUUCUUCGCAGCUUUGGCUAUGGAUCGUAGCAUUGAGCGUAUUCAUCGCUGUGCUUUCUUUCCUACUUCGUCUUUUCCUAGUUCACUGCAUUGUUUAUUGCAACAAACAAUGA